GCCAGUCGUCACUCCCUUGUCUCUGCGUGUGACUUAUGUUUCUGGAGCCAAGCAUCGCCCAGACUUGACUCCAGAUGGAUGCAGCUUGGAUCGUACUCCGAUCCGUUUUAUAGGCCAUCGUCUGAACCAAAAAUAGAAGACACCAUAACAUUUCAAUCCAGAGGACAGAGCUCUCGAGCACGUUCGUGUACGUUCCGGUAGUGCCAUACCGGCAGCAAGGGGGUUCUGAGUUCUGGUCGAGCCGUCGAGAGAUGAAGAGGAGAGUGGUUCUGUACCCGGGCCUCGGCGUCGGCCACCUUACGCCGAUGGUCGAGCUGGCCAAGGUGUUCCUCCACCACGGCGCCGCCGUCACCGUCGCGCUCGUCGAGCCGCCCACCAACUCCCCCGACUUCUCCGCGGCGGUCGCCCGCGCCGCGGCCUCCAACCCGUCGGUCACCUUCCACGUCCUGCCGCCUGCUCCGGCUGACCCUUCCAGCUCCGACGGCGGCAUCUCAUCAGAGCACCACAUCGUCCUCAUGUUCGACUACCUCAAGGCCAUGUGCGCGCCGCUCCGCGACUUCCUCCGCUCGCUGCCCGCCGUCGACGCGCUCGUCCUCGACAUGUUCUGCGGCGACGCCCUCGACGUCGCCGCCGAGCUCAACCUGCCAGUCUACUACUUCUACGCCUCGGGCGCCGGCGACCUGGCCGUCUUCCUCAACCUGGCUCGCAUGGACACGCGCACGACUUUCGCGGAGCUCGGCGACUCCCUCGUCUCAUUACCCGGCGCGCCUCCGUUCAAAGCUUCGGAUUUGCCCAAAGAGAUCUCGCAAGGCAGCCCGGGAGCAAAGCCCAUACUCGGCGCGCUCUACCGGCUGCCAGAGGCCAACGGGAUUCUCGUCAACACUUUCGAGUCGCUGGAGACGCGGGCGGUGCGCGCUCUGAGGGACGGUCUGUGCGUUCCCGACCACCCCACGCCGCCGGUCUACUGCAUCGGGCCGUUGGUAUCCGGAGGCGGAGAGAAGGAGCACGAGUGCCUCCGGUGGCUGGACACGCAGCCAGAAAACAGCGUCGUGUUCCUCUCCUUCGGGAGCAUGGGCACGUUCCCCAAGAAGCAGCUCGAGGAGAUCGCCAUUGGAUUGGAGAAGUCAGGGCAGAGGUUUCUAUGGGUGGUGCGGAGCCCGGGAAACCCCGAGGACAUGCUUCGCCCACUCCCGGAGCCGGACCUGGACGCCCUUCUUCCGGAGGGAUUCUUGGGGAGGACCAAGGACACCGGGCUCGUGCUCAAGUCUUGGGCGCCACAAGUGGAUGUGCUACGUCACAGAGCAACCGGUGCGUUCGUUACACACUGCGGGUGGAACUCGACACUGGAAGGCAUCACGGCGGGGCUGCCCUUGCUGUGCUGGCCACUGUAUGCAGAGCAAAGAAUGAACAAGGUGUUCAUCGUGGAGGAGAUGAAGCUUGGGGUGGAGAUGAAGGGCUACAAUGAGGAGUUGGUAGAGGCGGAGGAGGUGGAGACGAAGGUUAGGUGGGUGAUGGAGUAUGAAGGUGGGCAAGCGCUCAGAAAGAGGGUGGCAGAGGUGAAAGGUAGAGCGACCGAAGCAAUCGAAGAAGGGGGCUCAUCUCAUGCUGCUUUUGUUGAAUUCUUGAAGGAUCUCGAUAACAUGAGCUUGCUUUACCAUUAGCUCACAAAAUACUUAAUUCUUCAAAGCUUUCGAGUCCCACAUAGCUAGGCACCGUUAGUUCUUGCCUUUCAGUACUCAAGUGGUCAACAUGCAUGGCUAGCUGUGGAUUUUCUACUCAUGUUCAUGAUACCACAUAUAUUUUGAGCUUCUUUGUGUGAUUAGCCGUUGUUCUAAGAACAUCAAUUCUACAUAUUCUUCUGUUUGGUUC